AUGCUGCGUCUCCAGAAGUAUGACCUUAAAGUUACCUACAAGAAGGGAUUCAAGAUGUAUUUGGCAGAUACACUCAGUAGAGCAUUUGUUCAAUCGUCUGCUGUUGAAGACACAAGAGGAGAUGCAGUGAAGGAUACAGAGAGUAUCAACAUGGUCCAGUACCUCCCAGUGUCCGAGACAACACAGAACAUCAUUUGCACUGCUACUGAAACAGACCCAGUCAUGAAAGAACUCAAGACUACCAUAACAGAAGGUUGGCCAGAGAACAAAGACCUCCUUCCUGCAAGAAUUAGAGAUUACUUCCCUUUUCGUGAAGAGUUGACACUCCAAAAUGGACUGGUGUUGAAAGGCGAACGGUUGGUUGUACCUGAAAGUGCAAGAGAAGAAAUGAAGGCUAGGAUCCAUGCAAGUCACAUAGGCAUUCAGGGCUGCUCACGUAGAGCCAGAGAGGUGUUGUAUUGGUCAGGAAUGAACAGAGACAUAGAGAACUGCAGCGCUCAAUGCAAUGUCUGUAACGACCAACCAAGAGAACAAACCAAAGAGCCAAUGAUCUGUCAUGAGAUACCAACCCGACCUUGGGAAAAGAUAGCCGUAGACCUGUUCCAGCUGAAUGGAAGAGAUUACAUGGUCACUGUCGACUACUACUCGAGCUUCUUUGAAGUGGACAGCCUAACCACAAAAACAGCUGUAGAAGUUAUCAAGAAGUUGCAAGCGCUUCUAGCCAGACAUGGCAUACCAGAUCAAGUC